GCUAGCUACUUCCUCAUCAAAAUACUGUACUACAUUGGGACACAGAGCCUUCAGGUUUGUGGUAGAUCCUCAGCUGUGCAGGAGCAAUUCUCACUCCAUAACAGCACCAUGCAGUUUGCCUUCGUCGCUUUUUUUCUCUGCACUUCUACCCUGACUUCAGGAUGGGCAAGAAGUGUAGACCCUCAUCUCACAGAACCGCGAACAUCCAGCAUUCCCAUGAUGAACAACACAUGCACCGACUGCAAAAAGAUUGUACAGAUGUUGACAGAAAUGCUCUCCAAUCAAGAUUCACAGCAUCUCAUUGAAAAAGCUCUGGACAAGUUUUGUUAUGAACACCCCGUCAUCCCUUUGUGUAUGGAUGGAGCGAAAACAUAUAUACAUUUGGUUAUCAGACAUUUCGGUGCAUUUGCAAAUCAGAAUGGUGACAUAUGCUCAAUGUUGGGACUGUGUGGCAGCCAGUCUGAGAGAAAAGCACUAUCAGAGUUCACUGUUGGCCUGAAUGAGCAGGGUUGGCUCUAUGCAAAACCUUCAAGAGGAACUAGUCAAGAGGUUCAACUCAAUCCCAUCUGUAACUUCUGUAUGUUCUUCAUAAAGACACUAGAGAGCAUGCUGCCAAAAGAGAGAACUGAAGAGGCUAUAGUGAACCUUCUGGAGAAAAUCUGUGACCAUUUGCCUUCACAAUAUAAGGACACAUGUGACAACUUUGUACAAAAGUACGGAAAGGAGCUGAUUGAGCUGCUGUUGUCCUCCCUCCCUCCACAUGCCAUCUGCACUGCACUGGGCCUGUGUCUCUUCCCAGAGAUGCCAAUGUCAUGAAGAUUAUCAUUGCAUGGGAAUCAAAUGAAUGAUCAAUCAAACAAGAUUACAAGAUUUUGUUUACUUGAAGCUUCUAUUCACUUGCCCAACCACACACAUAAUCAAGGGAAAUUUGAGACAAACAGUACGAGAGAAGACAGUGACUGUUCAGUCAUGUGCCAAUUUGUUUUUAAUGUGCCUGUACUUAUCUGCUUCCUAUUAAUUAUGUCCUGUACCUUCAUUUUCAUACGCCAAACCUCACUGGGUAAACAUUUAAUACAAUACUAAUCAACUUAACAUAGGAAAUGCUAACACAGUGUGCAUUUUGUGUAACAUUUUAUAAUAUCAUGACUUCUGCAUUUCUGUGUUGAGAUGAUGCAAGAAAUAAACUCAACAGAUUUUAA